AGCGGGCCAGGGCGGAUGUCUCCGGCGCGUCCCUGCACGGGGUUGAGGGCCGCGGUGGCUGCCAGCUUGGGAUUGAGCGAGGGGCCGGCAGGCUCCACCCGGAGCGGCCGCCUCCUGCGUCCUCCGAGCCCCACUCCGGCGGCGCCGGGGGCCCGGCUAUUGCGGCUCCCGGGGAGGGGGUCCGUGCGGGCCGCAAGCCCGGAGCGCGUCGGUUGGACCGAGGCGCUGCGGGCGGCCGUGGCCGAGCUGCGCGCCGGCGCCGUGGUGGCCGUCCCCACCGAUACGCUGUACGGCCUGGCCUGCUCGGCGAACUGCUCGGCGGCACUGGGCGCUGUGUACCGCCUCAAGGGCCGCAGCGAAGCCAAGCCGCUGGCCGUGUGCCUAGGCCGCGUGGCCGACGUCUACAGGUACUGCCAUGUGAGACUACCUGAGGGGCUCCUGAAAGACCUAUUACCAGGACCAGUGACCUUGGUGAUGGAACGCUCAGAGGAACUCAAUAAGGACCUGAAUCCCUUAACUCCUCUUGUAGGCAUCCGCAUUCCUGACCAUGCCUUCAUGCAGGACUUGGCCCAGAUGUUUGGGGGACCACUUGCUCUCACCAGCGCCAACCUCAGCUCCCAUGCUAGUUCUCUGAAUGUUGAGGAGUUCCAGGACCUCUGGCCUCAGUUGUCCUUGGUCAUUGAUGGCGGACCAAUUGGGGAUGGCCAGAGCCCUGAGUGUCGCCUAGGCUCAACUGUAGUUGACUUGUCUGUGCCUGGAAAGUUUGGCAUCAUUCGUCCAGGCUGUGCCCUGGAAAGUACUACGGCUGUCCUCCAACAGAAGUACGGGCUGCUCCCCUCACAUGGAUCCUGCUUAUGACACUCAGGAGGAGGGAGGGCCCAGGGACUGGUGCUAGACACUAUGUGUCUGUCCACUGGCGGCUGGCAGGGCCUCAUUUGCAGAGGCCAUUGGGGCUGCAGUGUCACUAGUCUGACCCUUUAAGGCAGUAUGUCUAAACAGUGUAAACCAGGCCCCAGAAGCUGCUGGUUUAGU